AUGUUAUCGGCUGCCCGCAACUCACGCAAACUAUCUACAAACUCAUAUUUAAUCGCUCGAUGUAUUUCUACUGAAACCUCCUCCUCCUCUUCUUCCUCUGACCUGCAGAAUCUUCCUCCACCAAAACAUCCGGAUUCUCUUUCGAAGCCAAAGGCACGCUCCAGCUUGUACCCCCGGCCCCGGCGAUCCCGUCCAUCUCAUUAUCAACCACUCCAUGAUCUUCCGCCAACGUUUGGCAGGAAUCAGCUCUUACCAGUGUCCAAUUCGACCAGAGCACUGUUGGAGUCAAUCGUGGCUCAGUUUGAUGCACCGAUACGAUAUGCUUUUGCCUAUGGAUCAGGCGUCUUUGAGCAGGAUGGAUAUGGAGCGAGUGCUACAACCUCGCCGGUAACUGGAGUCACCAGUGUCCAUGAACCAAUCGACCCGAAUGCGCCUAUGCUCGACUUUAUGUUCGCCGUCACACAUCCCGCGCAUUUUCACUCUAUCAACAUGCACCAGCAUCCGAGCCACUAUACACUCCACUCUAGAAUCCUUGGUUCGGACUAUGUCUCUGCAAUACAGGCUAUCACUCCAGGAGUCUGGUUCAACACUCUGGUGCCAAUGAAUGGCGUCACCAUAAAGUAUGGCGUGACGACUAUUGACAAUCUCUGCUCUGAUCUUCUCAAUUGGAACACACUGUAUCUAGCUGGGCGCAUGCAUAAACCCUUGCGCAUAAUCAAAGAUGACGCCAGAGUGCGACUGACCCAACAAGUCAAUCUUACCUCCGCCGUUCGCGCCGCGCUUCUUACUCUCCCUGCAAACUUCACUGAAACCGAACUCUUUGAGCGCAUCGCCGGCAUAUCUUACACCGGCGACCCGCGUAUGGUCCUUCCCGCUGAAAACCGAGGUAAAGUAGGAAACAUCGUGCGGAAGCAGGGACCGCAGUUCAAAGAGUUGUAUCAUCGUCUGGUCGUCGGUCUUCCUGGUGUACAUUGGCCAUUGAAUACGCAGCAUAUCCAUCAGGAUAUCAGUCCGCAGGCCCGAUCACUCCAUUUACGAAAGCUACCCGUGAAUCUCAUUUUCCAUAUGAAGCAGAGGUACGGGGUGCAGGUGAAAGAGGAAGAAAAUCAGUACUGGGUACGGAUGGCUGGCGAUGAAAAAUUGCCGGAGAUGGUGAACCGGGAGAUUCGGACGAUCGUUCGAUGGCCAGCGACUGCUCAAACAUUGAAAGGUAUUGUAUCCGCAGGUUUAGGGAAGAGCCUCCGAUACAGCACUGCCAAGAUCAGCAAGUGGUGGAAGGGCUCUGGAGCCAGUCCCACGGCCAAGAGUGACUCGUCAUAG